AGAAGGGCAGGUUGGGUGUGUUUGUGUGAGAAUGUCUCCUUCCUAGGAGACUUUGGCCCCUCUACUAGCCCAGCCCCUUCCCAGCACUAUUUCCUGUUCCAGGGUAGUGGGUAAAAGCUUCCCUAGGCUGUGUGCUGCCCAGUCUUGGCUGCCCUUCUCUGACCUUUCUCACCUCUCCUUCCUCCUGAGCUCAGUCGAUUUGGAAGGUCCAGAGCCUCUAGGGUGAGUAUGGAGUCCUGGUCUUGAGAGCACAUGGUCAUGGAAGGGCAGCAUGGGAUAGGAGGUGAAACAGGGUGGGCUGGGCUGCUGGAACCUUGGCAAGCAUCAGGUCAGCCAGUAGCCCCAUGCUCUGCUACUGCACUCUCCCGACCCCCUCUUCCCUCCCUCCCUUCCCCUAUCUGCUCUUCUUUCUUUCUUCCCCCUCACUCCUCCCACCCAUAAGCAUGCCUUACUAACCUGCAGAGCUCCCUAGGUAUGCCUCCCUGGCUUCUUUUGGUACUUGCCAAAUUUAACCCCUUUUAGCCUGGAAGAAUCACCUUAUUCUUGGAAACACGCUGCAGCCAGCCUCUGGGCCCACCACAAAGCCCCGGGUGGAGCUGCUUUCUCAGAGGGCCUUUUCUGCUUUGGUAGGGCAGGCAGGCUGACCUUGCUGGCCGGGAGCAUUUUCUGCACGUCCCCCUGGAAGGGAGCUCAAACUUCACCUGCAGAACUUUUAGUCAUCCACUUGGUGCUGAACCCCCAGCUACCCUUUUGUCCUCAAACAGCACCCAUAUAAUGCUGCCUUGAGUCUGGGCCUGUUGGCCCUUUGUCUCAGGGGACACAAGGGUGAGGCUCUGUCAAGAAUGUGUGCAGUUCUUCCACCCAGACCACAGCUCAGGCUAGGCUUACUUUCAGCUCCUGGGAUACUUGCUCCUUUGCAGCUGGCCAGGAGUUUACCUGCCAGAAAGGCAUGCCUAGCUUUGGUGCCUAUGGUGAAGGCUUCUGGGCCAGGGACCAGUGGCUGUGCUUUGUGGCUGCCCAGGGUCUGGAAAGGUGUCAUGUCAGGACACCUGUGUUUGAACCUAUGAUUGAAUCCUAAUUGAUCUGGGCUUGUCCCUCACCCUCCAGGACCAGCGAGGAUACUGAGCAGGAAGCCUACUCAACUUUCACACCGAGUCUUCAUCUCCCAACCUCACUUCAUCCUGAAGACACUAGAGUGUCUAGGUUGGUGGCAGGCACACUGCCCAUUCCAGUGCCUUAGAUGUAGCCGAGAUGUCCAGCAUCCUCACCUUGGAGCCUGUGAUCCUUUAGGGAGGACCAUCUAGACACAGGUAGCCUCAGCAUCCAGACAGUGAGAUGGCAGAUGAACAUAUAGUGUGGUGGUAGAUCAGCUGGGGACAGAGCAUGGGCUAGCAUCCUCACACAUGGUCCUGUGGUGUGGGGAGAGAACUUGGAGAACAACCCCUACAUGAGGCUGGAGGCAAAGCCCUUAUGGGACAUAAAGAUUUGAAUAUUAACAUCAUGGGUAAUAGGGAGUUGCCCAUAGGGCUGUGUGUGAGUUCUCUUUGGUUAAAGUCAUGAGGACCUCUAGAAGGCUGUGUAGCAAUGUGAGUGGUUGCCUGUGUUGAGUGGUAGGCCAUAAUCUAGUGCAGCCAGGAAACCAGUGAGAUGUGCUGUCCCAUGAUGCACUGAACCCCCCUCAGGGUUAGCCUCAAGAGAAGGAGUAUCUUCCUCUCCUGUCUAUCUAGGGUUGUCUUAAUUUCUCUCAGAACACAGGCUACACACUUAUUCCUAAGUGUUUCUGUGUCCCUAAGUGGUACUAUAGUUUAAGCUUCUAAUUGUUUAUUGUUGAACAGAGAUACAUUGUUUAGCCUAUUACUACAGUAUCCUAUAAUUUUCUAAUUCACCUGCCAGUUUUAAGUUUCUUCUUUCCUUUUUUUUUUUUUCCUUGUAAAUACAGCUUCUGUAAACGCAUGUUUCGACCCUAGGUGACAAAGCUGUUUCACUUUUUGAGCACCACCCUCUCCCACCCUUGUGUUCUCUGGCUGGUCCCCCCAGUGCCAGUUUGAUAGCAGUGGCAAGAGCCACUCUGUUUCUAAGUACAGAGGAAAAAUGUUAGCCUCCCCCUGCCUCAUGUGAGGUCUCCUGUCAGUUACCUGUGGGUGUUCUUUUUCAUGUGUGGGGGGAUUCUUCCAGUCUCAGACCGCUAAGAGUUUUUGUCUGUCAGAGAACAGGGUAUUUUGUCAAUUAUAAAUAUAUCUGUACUUACUGAGGGGAUUACAUAAAUUAUAUGAAUUUCAUUUUUUUCCUAUUAUGUGAUGAAUUCUCUGGCAGGUAAUGAUAAACUAGCCUUAUACUCCCGGGGUACUGUUUGAUGGCGUGCCAUCAGCUUGCGCAUUGUUGAGUUUAAUUGCUGGGGUUUGGGGAUGAUUUUUCAUGGCUGUGCUCCUGUGUGACUCUGGUCUUAACACCUUUGUGUGCAGUUCCACUGAGAGGACAGGGCCUGCCUUAGAGGAUGCCCUGUGGUCUGUUUCUCUGAGACAUUCUGAAAGUAGUUUCAGUAGUAGUAGGUUCAGCUCACUUUAUCCUUGAAUGCAGAUGCACCUCACGAGGAACGCUAUCAGUGUGGAGUGCUUCCUUUAUAGAAGUGUUUUGAAUUAUGAACUCAAGAACUUUAAUGGAUGGGAGCAAUUCUAAUUUGUGUUUUUGAUACUAACUUUGGCAAGGGGUGACUUUUAAUAAAUUCAUCCAUUUAUCAAAGUCGUCAAAUGUAUUUGGUUAAAGCUAUUAAUAUCCUUUUAAUCCUAACGGUGGAAGUCUCUCAAGGCUUUUCUUUCAUUUCUUGUAUUAGUGAUUUGUACCUGUUUUGCUUUGAGCAAUCUAGCCAGAAGAUUGCCAGUUUUACUUACCUUUAUGAAUAACUGUGCCCCCCAUGCACCCCCACCCUGCCCAAGAUCUCACUAAGUCGUCUAGGCUACCACUGAAAGUGCCAGAGGCCAGAGUAGCCUUGAACUCAUGACUUUCCUCCUUAAGGCCCCAGCAAACUGAGUUUGCAGGCCUUCACCACUAGGCCCAGGUUACAACAGCUUUCAACACCUACCUUCUUGUGUUGAAGGGAUGGCUCAGUGGUGAAGAGCACUGGCUGUUCAUCCAGAGGACCUGGGUUCAAUUCCUAGCGUUCACAUGGCAGCUCACAACUGUCUGUAACUCCAGCUUAGAAAUAAAACUAUUUUCUUGGUAACAUUUUGUUCUGACACAUUAAAUUACCAUUUUUCUUUCAUUUUUCCUUUCUUUUGUUUGUUUGGGUUAGUUUGUUGUUUUUCCAGCCCCUAAAGUGGAAUCUCAGCUCCUGAAAUAAACAUGGAAACCACAAAUUGCCCUGUAAGCACAGCACUGACUUCUCCCUAAGUAUUGAUAACUUCUGUUCUCAUUGUUAUUCAGUCCCAAAUGCGUUCUAUGGCUCUUCCGGUCAUCAUUGAUCUGUGGAUUGUUUCUAAAUGUGGUGUUUUGGGAGCAUUUCAAGUUAAACUUUUAAAAAUACAUAUAUUUUGGUUUUUUUGAGACACGGUCUCACUAUAGAGUUCAGGUUAGUCUUGGAUAUAUAGCCAUCCCCCUGCCUCAGCCUCACAUGUACUAGGAUAACAAACAUGUGCCACCACACCCAGCUUUUUGGCUUUCUUUAGAUGUCAUAGCUCUUUGUUAUUGAUUUCUAGUUAAAUUUUGUUAUAUUUGAGGGACAUACUCUCUAUAUAAACUUAAAAGCUUUUUAAAGCCGGGCGGUGGUGGCACACGCCUUUAAUCCUAGCACUUGGAAGGCAGAGGCAGGCGGAUUUCUGAGUUCGAGGCCAGCCUGGUCUACAAAGUGAGUUCCAGGACAGCCAUGGCUAUACAGAUAAACCCUGUCUCGAAAAACCAAAAAAAAAAAAAAGCUUUUUAAAACGUGUGUGUGUUUGUGUGCGCACACGCGUGGAUUUGGGUCCCGAAGGAGGCCAGGAUAUUGGGUCCCUCUGGAACUGGCAGUUUUAAGCCACACAACAUAGGAACUGAACUCGGGUCCUCUGAAGGAACAUGUGUGCUCUUAACACCCGAACCAUCACACCAGCCCCUUCUCAAUGCUUUUGCUUUAGCUUUUUGAGACAAGCUCUUGUAUGUUACCCAGGCUGGCCUUGAACUGCUGAUCUCUUUGCCUCAGCUUCCGGAGUGCGGGGGAUUACACAGAUACAUCACAGUACCAGACUUAAAGCCUUUUAAUUUUACAGAGACUUCCCUUACAGGCUGACAUGUCGCCUGCUUUGAGAAUGUUCUAUAUGUAUUUGUACUGGCUGGUUUUGUGUGUCAACUUGACACAGGCUGGAGUUAUCACAGAGAAAGGAACUUCAGUUGAGGAAAUGCCUCCAUGAGAUCCAGCUGUAAGGCAUUUUCUCAAUUAGUGAUCAUUGUGGGUGAUACCAUCUCUGGGCUUGGAUUCUAUAAGAAAACAAGCUGAGCAAGCCAGGGGAAGCAAGCCAGUAAGUAAUAUCCCUCAAUGGCCUCUGCAUCCGCUCCUGCUUCCUGACCUGCUUGAGUUCCAGUCCUGGUUUCCUUUGGUGAUGAACAGCAGUGUAGAACUGUAAGUUGAAUAAACCCUUUCCUUCCCAACUUGCUUCUUGGUCAUGAUGUUUGUGCAGGAAUAGAAACACUAAGACAAAUUGGUACCAGCCUAGUGGGGUAUUCAUGUGGCAACAUGACCAUGUUUUGGGGAGGGCUGUGGAAGGACUUUGGAACUUUGGGCCAGAAGAUCCAUUGGGUGGUAAGAGCUAUAUGGGGUGUUGUAUAGAGCUUGGAAGAUAAUGUUGAGAACAGUGAAGAAGAUGGAGGGCUGGCUUGUGAAAUUUCAGAGGGAAGAUUAAAGACUCUUAUCAGGGCCAUUGCUGUUUUGAUUGAGAAGAUUCUGUGGUUCUGGUUAGCUGGGGCUGAAGAAUCAGCUGUGGUUACCAAGAUACCAGAACUACUAAAGCAAAACCUUUGUACUUCUGUGACUAUUGAUGCUGGUUAGCUGGAGCUAAGAAAUUAGCGGCGAUUAAGAAGAGACAACCAUCACUGAGGUGAAAUCUUCUGGGAAGUGUUUUCUGAGAGCACAAAGAGGCUUUGUUCCAGAAAUAGCCAAUGUUGUGCCUUGUGCUGCAACAGGACUUGGUAAUGUGUAAGAGUCACCCGGGUGGUACUGGUUUUGAAGGCAUGAAGGGGUCAUGAAGAGCAGCCGAGGCUCAGCACUGUGAGAGGCCACGGAAGGUUAUUGGUGAAGGUGCAGUCUUAGUUGCAAUUGAUGGCCCAGGACUGAAGGGAUCAUGCAAAGGGGUUGAGGCUUAGCACCAUGAAGAGAGCCUAUGAGAGGCUAUUGGGGAAGCCUAGUUAGAGCGGAAGACAGAAGUGUUUUGGAGAUGCCAGUACCAUGAGAUGACCACCAAGAACAGCAGCAGCAGUGGAGUACAGGCAUCUGGAGCCUAGAAGACAAGCUGUGUGCUACAAAGGGCAGAGCUCGAGAAGUGAUCCAAGCCCUUGGAGGAAUCCAGAAGUCAUGUGUGGAUCCCAGACACUGGACGGUUGGAGUUUGAUUUUGCUUUUGAUUGUGACCGUGCCCUGAUAUUUUUCCCUCUUGAAGGAAGAAACUAUUUUAGUGGAGCCCACAGUUAAGAGACUUUUAAUUGUAAAAAGACUUUGGAGUUUAAAAGAUAUUGGAUAUUUUUAAGGGAUUGAACUUUGAAUAUAUAAAGACUGUGGGACUUUUAAAGUUUAGAUAUUGAGGAUGAAUAAGAAUGUAAGGGUUGAGCCUUAAUAGUGAUGUGUUUGUGUGUCAAGUUGACAAGGGGUCAUUUUUACUGGCUGGUUUUGUGUGUCACAGAGAAAGGAGCUUCAGUUAUCACAAAGGAACCUCCCUUGAGGAAAUGCCUCCAUGAGAUCCAGCUGUAAGGCAUUUUCUCAGUUAGUGAUCAGGUGGGGAGGGCCCAUUGUGGGUGGUGCUAUCUCUGGGCUGGUAGUCUUGGGUUCUAUAAGAAAGCAAGCUGAGCAAGUCAGGGGAUGUAAAGGGCUGCAAUCUAUGUGCCGCCACUAGAUGGUGCUAAACCUCUUUGUGCGCAGCUGCGAGAGCACAGCCCGCCAAAGUCACCAGUCCGUCUCCCGGGGCUUUUGCCCAACCCCUGGGGGCUUUAACCUAUCCCCAGGGUGCAUGAGGAUCACGGGUGUUGCUACCAGUCCUAGUUUAGACACAUCACCAAAAGUAUUUAAGCCACACACUUUCUGAACCUUCUUUGUCUACCUCAAUAUGAUAUAGAAGUAAAGUUAACCACGGAAGAACCUGGCGUGUCCUGUGUUUAUUUCCUGCGGGACAGAGAUAAGCUCGGGAUAAGAGGAAGCAAGCCACCCUAGGACCAUGAAUAGUACAACCUGUAACAGCACCCUCACGUGGCCUGCUUCCGUCAACAACUUCUUCAUCAUCUACUCAGCCUUGCUGCUGGUGCUGGGCCUGCUGCUCAACAGCGUGGCACUCUGGGUAUUCUGCUAUCGCAUGCACCAGUGGACAGAGACCCGCAUCUAUAUGACCAACCUGGCUGUGGCCGACCUCUGCCUGCUCUGCUCCUUGCCAUUUGUGCUGUACUCCCUGAAAUAUAGUUCUUCAGACACACCCGUCUGCCAGCUCUCACAGGGCAUCUACCUGGCCAACAGAUACAUGAGCAUAAGCCUGGUCACUGCCAUUGCUGUGGACCGCUAUGUGGCAGUGCGGCAUCCCCUGCGUGCGCGUGAGCUGCGGUCCCCGAGACAGGCUGCAGCAGUGUGUGUGGCCCUUUGGGUGAUAGUGGUCACCUCCCUGGUAGUGCGCUGGCGCCUGGGGAUGCAGGAGGGUGGCUUCUGCUUCAGCAGCCAAACCCGGCGCAAUUUCAGCACCACUGCCUUCUCACUGCUGGGAUUCUACCUGCCGCUGGCCAUCGUGGUCUUCUGCUCUUUGCAGGUAGUGACUGUGCUAUCGAGAAGGCCAGCCGCUGAUGUGGGGCAGGCAGAGGCCACCCAAAAGGCCACCCACAUGGUCUGGGCCAACUUGGCUGUGUUUGUCAUCUGCUUCCUGCCCUUGCAUGUGGUCCUGACCGUGCAGGUCUCCCUGAACCUCAAUACCUGUGCUGCCCGAGACACCUUCAGCCGUGCCCUGUCCAUCACAGGUAAACUCUCAGACACCAACUGCUGCCUGGAUGCCAUCUGUUACUACUACAUGGCCAGAGAGUUCCAGGAAGCGUCCAAGCCAGCCACGUCUUCCAACACACCCCACAAGAGCCAAGAUUCCCAGAUCCUGAGCCUCACCUAGAAGAAGUGAACACAUGCCAAGGGCCAGAGGAACCUGUGAUGUGAGCAAGGAGCCCUGGAUCAGCCUGAACCUCCUGUGGGGUCUGAGCACUCUAGGAGACCCAGUUGGACUAGAGAGGCUGCAUCUGCUCCCCUGAAAGGACCAGAGGACUCAGGCUCUAACGUCCGACCUGAGGGACCCUGGAACAAGACCACAUAUCUCCCAUUCCAGAUCUAGAAACCCUGGGCACCAGAAUGGGGCCUUGAUGGCUAGCCACUGAGUUUAGGAUACACCCCUCCCCAGAGUUGGUCCUGGCAAGGUCCUCUGUCACCUAGAUGCAAGUGAUGAGAGAUAAAGGACAGACAUACGGCUCAGAGAACCAGGAGACAUCUUUCCAGAGGACCCUCAAAUGGCUUCUUCCUUUUAGGACCUUUAAACUUCAUGCCACAUGUAGGGUUGGGCAAAAGGGCAGCAGCUGUGGUCUGGCAGGCUGUCCUCCAAGGCCCAUGACUGUCACUGUUGCUCCAGCUCUGUAUUAUGAGGGUUCCAGCUCAGGAGACCCAGUGGUCAUAACAUCAUGUUGAGCAAUCGGACCUGAGCCUCUUCUGGUUAUUUCCAUUCUAUAGUGGGACUGUUGAUUCCUGAGGACAGUGGCUAUGGUAGAGGUCUCUGGAGUUUAUUGUGAGGAAGAUUGCUGUUUGGUAUUCAUGCUCUCUGAGGAUGUGGCCCCAGGCUUCGAGGAUCUCUGGAGUAAAGGAUGAGCCACAAAGCCAGCUUUGAGUCAGGAGCACAUUUGGAGAUGUGGUAGCCCUGGGCUUCCCCCUCAAUGCUUUGAUUUUUGUCUUGGUCCAAAUGCUACAGCUGUACCCAGAGCCAGAGCCCCUCCAGCUCAGGGGAGGGGGGUACUGGCUCUCCCUACUCUCUACCCCUACUUCAUCCAAGGCCUACUGCCUAACUGACCCCUUUUUUUGUAUGACCUUUUCUACAAAAACCAAAAAUCUGUUCAUCCUUCAGACACCAGAGAAAGGAUUCCACUCAAGUAUAAAUUGGUGAACUGAUUUCCUGGAGUUACUUACAAAAGCACGGUGACUCUUGGGUGCUCAGUCACUGAAAAGCCUCACUCAGCAUAGAUAACAAUCCCCAAACUGCACCGCUAGAUUACCAAUCCCCACUAAACUUCCACCUCACACACACACUUGGACACCUGACCUGCUCCAGACAAAAAUGUGCCUAGGGUGUGAGGAAGCUGUGGCUGCGACCCAAGGUGUGCUGACCCUCUUCGCUCUGCCAAGGACUACUAACAGCUUCAUGAUCAUCAGCCUAUUCGCCACAGCCGUAUUUUGCUUGUUUCACUGGCAUGACUGUAGGCCGAGCUGUUCUGUGGAUCAGAGCAGCGCUUUUCCUGUUCACUGCUGAUGAUCAUCCUAAGCCAGAGAAAUGGCUUCUCUGCCACACUGGCCCACUCUCCCUCCAGUUCUCACAUCCCCUCCACCCUCUGUUCUGCAGUAUUAUCUAAACCUUCACCUUGGAAGGAAGGGAUGGUGUAUCUAUAUAAUAUCAAGAUAUAGGAUCCACACGUGUGUGCCUAUGGUUCUUUUCUGAGUCUUACGCCUCUAGACUACAACAGCAGACAACUAUUCUAAGUAGCUUGCCGGUGAUAGAAACAAAGCAUCAGGAGGGGAGAAAUAGAUCAUUUGGGGCCCCCAUAGCACCCCCUAGUGUGCAGUAGUGGGUCCCCUGCCCACAGAACCAGCACAGCAUCUGCCUUGAUGCAGACACUCUACCUUCCUCUGGUAACCUCAGCUUUAGGGGAAAAUCCCACGCCCCCACAGGCUAGCCUUGGCCAUCUGUCCAAAUGAUGCAGAAGACGGGAGGUAGAAAAUGAAGGACAAUCUUUACACAAAAGCUGCAAAAUUAGCACACUAAAAAAUUAAAGUUAAAUGGCUCAUCUGGCAUGGGUGCCAGCAACCAAGCCUGGCAACCUGAGUUCAAAUCCCAGAAACUAACAUGUGCUAGGAAAGAGCCAAGCCACAAGUUGUUCUCUGGCCCCAACACAUCCUCCAAAUAAAAACUAAAUAAAUGUCAAAUAGCACGCUAUAUAAAAACAAAACAAAACAAAAACCUGUUGGCAGGCUGGAGAGAUGAUGGUUCAGUGGUUAAGAGCACUGACUGCUCUUCCAGAGGUCCCAAAUUCAACUCCCAGAAACCAUAUGGUGGCUCACAACCAUCUAUAAUGGGAUCUGAUGCCCUCUUCUGGUAUGUCUAAAGAGCUACAGUGUGCUCAUAUACAUAAAAUAAAUAAAUCUUUAAAAAAAUACUAUUGGCAAAGAGGAAGGCUGAGCCCCUGUACCUCCACUGCCCAAGGCCAACUAGAACUGGUGUCAGAGACACUGGAGUUAGUGUGGGGACACUCCAGAACAUCUGAAGGUAACCUGUGACUUGUUAAAAACUGCAUUUGACAAAGCUUUCAUGAGAAAGCUCAUGCUAUAUGAAUAACUUCCGCUAAAGCCCACUCUGAGUACUGGCUAGUUUUGCUUUGUUUUGUCAACUUGACACAAGCUAGAGUCCUCUGAAAAAAGGGAACCAAUGACAAUUGAGAAAAUUCUUCUGUAAGACUGGCAUGUAGGCAGUCCUGUUUCUUUAAUGAGUAACUGAUAUGGGCUUUGUUCAUAAUAGCCAGAAACUGGAAAUAACCUAGAUGCCCCUCAACAGAAGAAUGGAUGAAGAAAAUGUCCUACUUUUACACAAUGGAAUACUACUCAACCAUUAAAAAAUGGCAUCAUUAUGUCCUG